AUUCAAGACCUCUUCAUAUUCACAUAGUUAUAUUGAACGAAUUUUUUAUUUCAAAAAUUUAUUAGAAGUUCGAUAAGAAAAAAAUCUUCAUUAUGGUUUCUCAUGUGGUAAACAUGAGAUUUAUCUCUAAUGCAUUUAUUUUCUCAUUAUCAAUACUUGCGAUGUUAUCAAGCACAAUUUACUCACAACAAAAGGAGUAUGAAAAUCAUAUAAAGUCAGCAACAUUUGUGUCAGAAAAGUUUGAAAUUGGACCUGGAAACGUUGUUUCGAAAGCAUUGAUGGAAAUUGAGUUUCCAAAGGGUCAUAUUGGUGUGAAGAGCUUUGACGUUGAUCUUAUUGAUGAAGAAGGAAAUUCCAUACAGUUGUAUGAAACAUACCUUCAUCAUUGGUUUGCUAUAAAUUUUAUAAAUAAGAAUGUGUCGCACGAUCCUAAUGCUCAUACCAAUCCUUAUGUGGAUGCUAUUUUCAAAAGAAAUUAUGGAUCUUGCAAUGGAGGUAUUCUUCCACAAUAUUGGGGUUUGGGAAGUGAAUCAAGAGGGACAACUUCAAAUAUUCCAGAUCCUUUUGCAGUUGAAGUAGGUAACCCUAAAGAUAUUCCAAAAGGGUGGGAAGAGAAAUGGUUAUUUAACAUCAUGGUCAUUGAUACACGUGGCACAGAAAAUAGGAAAAGUUGCAGCGAAUGCAGGUGUGACCAAUUUAACCUCCCAGAUAAUUUUUUUAAUGUGUCAGUUGACAUCAAUGGAAAACCGUUGAGCCCUGACUAUAAAGGAGGAAUUUUUUGUUGCCAUGAUAACUUUCAAUGCAAACUGAGAAAGGGGUUUGAAGCCCCAAGAAGAAAUCUUGCCCUGAGAUACAAAGUAACAUGGGUUGAUUGGGACCAACAACAAAUUCCCGUUAGAUUUUAUAUACUUGAUUCUACUGAUCGGGUGAAAACAAUUGGUUCUCAAAUAAUACAUGAUUGUCAGGCUGAGUAUACUAUUCCAGAAAAUAAUGGUGAUGACCUGUUUCAUGUUCAAAAAGCAAACAUCCCAAUGGAUAAAGGUGGUUACCUUAUCUACGGCACUGCUCAUAUGCAUUCAGGUGUUGUUAAUGCAAGUCUAUAUAGGCAGGAUGGAAAGACAUUGUGUACAUCAACACCAAGAUACGGAACGGGAAAGGAAGCAGGAAAUGAGGAAGGUUACGCGGUUGGAAUGUCAGUAUGUUAUCCAAAACCAGAUUCAAUCAAGAUAAAUGAUGGUGAAAUUGUGACUGUAGAAUCCAGAUAUAAGAAUGAAUUUCUCACUGGAGCUAUGGGACAUAUGUACAUCUAUUUGGCUGAUCGACUACCACACACCACAUAGACAUCAAACUCUUAUGAUUUGUAAUUGUUUGAUGUAAAGUUUCUUUAUAACAAGUGAAAAUUCCAAUCUAAUGUGUAUUUAUUGUACCAUGUUUGUCUUACUUACCUUUUUGAGACCCUCUCCACACUUCACAAUAUAAAGUCACUUUAUUUUUUCGGAGA